GGAGUUACGGAAUCAUAUUCAAAUAUUUCCGAACAUUUUAAAAGCCGGAAAAUGUGCUCAAAAUUGUGGAUGUAUCUUAUGAACAAACAGUUUCAAUAGUAUGUAAAGAUAAGAUUUAAAACAAAAUGAAAACGUUAAUUUAAAGAUUCAAUAAAAUAUCAUGACGGUUUAUCAAAAACCUGAAACAAUUUGAUUUCGCUACCUUAAAGUUAUUUUUUUUUAAGUUAUGAUUUUUCGAAUUGAAUAAACAAGACACAAAUAUUUAUUGGGCAUAAAAAAGAUCGCUGAAGUAUAUGAUAUGAUAUUACACAGGAUUAAGACAUGUCAAGAAAUAAAGAAUAAAGAAUGCGCAGACCUUCGUUGCAAUGUGUUUUGAAAGGUUACGUUACAAUGUGCAUUGACAGUUUUAUGACAUUUAUAGGACAUUCGGACAAUAUAAUGACAUAUUAAUUACGUAUCGUAUUUUUUGAUGUGCAAAACAACUUACUAAAUGGAAUAAUUUAAUGAUUUUACAGCUAUGAACACCACGGAGAAAGAACUUGAAGACUUUAGGCAGUAUAACAUAGGAAACUAUCUUUGGAUUUAUGUUUCACCAAUUCUUAUAAUAGUUGGAACAUUUGGAAACUUUCUUUCAAUAUGUGUUCUCCUACGUCCAAAAUUACGUUGCUCGACAACAAUGUUUUAUCUAACUUGUUUAAGUUUUGGUGAUUUGUUUACACUGUACACUGGAUUAUUACGUUACUGGAUAAGUAAAGCUUUCGAUGUAGACGUGAGACAUUUUUCAAACGCUUCGUGCAAGAUUCAUACGUUUUUAGUCUACUUGUCCCUUGAUUUUACUGUCUGGGUAUUGGUGUCUGUGACAAUAGAUAGAUGUUUAUCAGUAUCGAUUCCAUUCAGAGCAAAGAUCUUGUGCACUUUGAAAAGAGCAGGCUGGGUUAUAGCAGCUAUCAUAGUUUUCUUGGUCAUCAAGAACAUGCAUUUCUUUUGGAACCUUCAACUUGUAAAUACCUGGGAAUUCAGGUGUGAUGCCAAAACGGAAGCUGCCAAUAACUUUUUAAGAUAUGUUUGGCCAUGGAUUGAUUUUUCUACAUUUUGUUUGAUUCCAUUUUCAAUCAUGAUAGCAUGCAAUAUAAAGAUUAUUUACGAAAUGGUCAGUUCUCAAAAGAAGCUUGAUAAACACAAUGAUUUCUAUCGGACACCAAAUUUAGCAACAAAGCUUGAUAGCCCGUUAACACGGGAAAGUAAUUCUGAUAUGGCCGUUCAGUCCAUGACGAUGCAGGACACAACGCAAACACGGGAAAUUACGUCACAAAUGACAUCACAACAAACAUUGCGGCAGACGUCACAGGUUAGAAAUCGUUCACCUGCACGGAGGAUUUCUUCACUUACAGCUAUGUUACUGACAGUUAAUUGUGUUUUUCUUGUAACAACAUCACCAAUUCAGACAUUCUUGAUUGGAGAAGAGUAUUGGUAUUCAGAUAAAACACCAGAAGAAAUAGCCUGGCAUAACUUUUGGUGGGCUGUUGUUAAUAUGUUACAAUAUAUCAAUAAUUCAAUUCAUUUCUUUCUAUAUUGCGUAACCGGUCCGAGAUUUAGAAACGAACUGAAAAGUAUGUUUCUGAGGAAGCAUAAGAUAUCUGUUGUAAAAGAACCAUCUGGUGGAACUGAAGUCUAA